CAGCUAGGGUUUGUUUGAACGGGGUAUAGGAACUGUGCUGCCUGAGGACCGCGCUUUAGAGCGAAUGGAUUUGAGCGAAGGAUCCGCUCUCGGCGUGUUCACCUGUGAGCUGUGCGAGUUGUCCAGCCCGUACAGUUUCUUCGGGCAGAAGCCGCCAAACACCAGAGCAAUAGUGCUCUUGGAGGAAUGUUACGGCAUGAAGGAUCCCUUCUGCCCGGAGAGAGAGAAGUUCCUCGUUUUAGGAUCCAAGUGCUGUCUGUGCAGUAAGACGGUGUGUGUGGGAACGGACUGCAGUCUGUUCUACACCAAACGCUUUUGUUUGCCAUGUGUGCGGGAUCACCUUCAUCAGUUUCCAGAGCAGGUUCAAAAUGAGGUGCAGAGGAAGAAGAGUGUCCAGAAGACGUCGUCCUCAUGAUGAUUGAUUGAUUGAUUUAUUAGCCAUCAGUUAUGAACAGAGGACACUAGCGAGCCUUCUGUCCAGACACGGUAUAUGAAAUUGUCUGUUGUCCUUUUUCUAUUUAUAUGAAUCAAACUGGAGGUGACAAAGCAUCUUUUGAUUGAAAUAAUGUGUUCUGUGAUGAGUGUUUUUAGUUUUACAAUAGCACUCAAUG